AUGCACUGCCGGCUAUCAUGUCCUACUAAUGAUUCUACUUGUUCUUCAUUCCUUUUCAAUCAUCCAGAUUAUACUAGUACUAUAAAUCAUCACACUUGUUCUCCAUUACCUAAUCAUGAUCAAAUACCACCACCAACCGUACCGCGACGUCGCCAGCGAUUGGAAGAUUUAAUUAUUACCUACUCUUCAAAUUAUUAUGCUACGUAUCCAUGUCAAGCAUCUCCCUUAUCAUCGGAUUCAUCAGAGUCUCCCUCUCUAUGGUCACCUCGUCGAAUUCAUCAACAACCUGAAGACAAUGGUGUUUAUUGUGAUUUAUUCAAUUUACUUGAACGACCUUUACCAUCACCUUCGCCAGCGAAGCAAAGAAAGAAAUAUAUGCUAAACGAUCAUCAUUCACGACUUCGUCAUCCUUCAGUUGCUUAUAAAAGCGCACAUACGAAAAUGAAGGACAUCCAUGAACGAAAACGUCAUCACUAUCAAGAACAGCAAUCUUCUUAUGAUAAACAGAAAAAGCACGAAGACGAUGAAUUAUCAGUUAUACUUCAAUAUGAUCGAUUGAAAGAAAAUGCAAAAAAUAAUAAUUGUGUUUAUCAACAGCAUUCACGAAGUAAAAGAUUCUUUCGACGGGUUGCACGCAAUUAUUUUUGUAUGCCUAUGACAGUUGCUAAUGGAGAGUUUUCUAAUUGA